CGCAGUAAUACCAUGCCAUUUGACGCCCGCACGCCGCGGCUGUCAACUUCCUGUGUUGCCGUCACACGGGAGCCGCCGCGUCCCUGUCUGAGCGCCGACCUGCGCCGCUCCGCCGCCGCGGUUCGGGAUUCCGAAUCGGCCGGCGAGGCCAGCGUGGCUAGCGCGUCUGUCGCCUGCCGUCGCCGCCGAGUCCGACGAGGGUGUUGUCGAGGCAAAAACGCAGCCUUCACGAGAAGUUUUAAAGGCCAAAUAAAAGAGCAGGAGCACCAACAGCCCGGUGCUGCAACGGCCAUUGGCUCGGAACGCAUGACAGCUGCAGGCUGCAAGCUGCUCUUCCAUGCCUCGCCAACAACGGAAGGCGAGACAUGCGUGGCGGAAACUCAAAGCUUUUGAUCUAGCCUUGGGGAGUUAGAAUCCCCAUGUCGACGGCGUUUGAGAAGUCACCAGGACACGGCUCGCGAUUUUGUCUGGUUCUUUUCGUUGGAGCGUUUCGGUCAACACUUUGACAGGCUGCGGAUCAUGAACAAGCCAAUAUAUCAGUACGGCGCGAAGCCUGUUUGCAGCGGGGUCUGUGUCUCCCGCUGCUGUCCUAUGACAAGCACAUCUAAAUCUACAGCGUCCUAUGCGUUAUGGUCCCACGAUACCGUGUUGUCCCUGCCCCAUUUCCUGAUGUCCUCAAAGUUCCUGCA